AUGGACUUGGGCUUGGACGGUGUUCACGUACUCGUUACAGGUGCUAGCGGGGGGAUAGGUCUGGAGACCGCCCGACUGUUCCUCAAGCAAGGUGCCAAAGUGACAUGCCACUACCGGUCGAACCCGUCGACGCUGGCAGCCCUGCAAUCCGAGUUUGCAGGGACGCAGGUUCAGAUCCUGCAGGCGGACCUAACGCAGGAGUCGGACACGCAGCAUAUCUUCAACGAGGCGAGCCGUUCAUUUGGACCCGUGCAAGUUAUUGUCGUAAAUCAUGGGUACUGGCCCCCGGAGGACGUCCCGGUUGCGCGCAUGACGCUCGCCCAAUGGAAUGCGACGGUCUCCACGGAUCUUACGUCGAGCUUCCUCGUUAUCCGGGACUAUCUUAAUGGCCUCGAGCGUGCGAGCGUCGCUGCGAAGGACAAGGCGGCGAUCGUGAUGAUAGGUAGCACCGCUGGAAAGUACGGCGAGGCUGGCCAUGCCGACUAUGCGGCGUGUAAGAGCGCGAUGAUGUAUGGUUUGACCAUGUUCAUGAAGAACGAGAUCGUGAAGAUCGCUCCCAGAGGACGGGUGAACUGCGUCGCGCCUGGCUGGGUUCGCACGCCGAUGGUAACGUCCGCGCUAGAGAAUCCCUCAGUGAUUUAUCAGGCACUCGCCACAACCCCUCUAAGAAAGGUCGCCGAACCGCAAGAUAUCGCGUCCCAGGUGGUCCUGCUCUCGUCAGCUUCAGCGUCUGGCCAUGUCACCGGCCAGGUUGUCAUGGUAGAAGGGGGUAUGGAAGGUCGACUAUUGAAUCGGCCUGAAGAUGUACUUGCCUAGACUUACAAUGGAAGAGAAGGAACAUGCAUCCUCUUGGUCAUGCCGCGCCGUAUCGUGCGAUGCGCUACCUCGGGAAACCGGCACUACUUCAUUGCCUUGGACCAUGAAUCAGUUCAGUAGAGCGAGCAUCUGCUCUUCCACGCUUUGCUUGUGUGCACGCAGCAAGGUUGAUCCGCUGUCCGCUCGGUGCGGGGCAGAUUUGAAAUGCUAGCCGGUUAGAAUACUUCUGAAGGGAGAUGGCGCGCGG